GCAUCAUUCCUUUGUACGUAGACGAUUGGAAGGUCUGUCGGUAUCGAAGAGGUCGACGUUGUCGGCAACGCCAGAACCAUGAGGCAAUAAAUCGACGUUCGACAGUGUAGAGCGAAUCUCCUGAAGCUUGCUCUUUGGUCCCGGCCAACAUGGAGCCAAAUAUUUUAAGAGGCCUCAAUGACAAGCUAUAUGAUCGCCGCAAGGCGGCGGCUGUCGAGCUGGAAACACUUGUUCUGGCCUCUGACAUGACCAAGAUCUCCACCAUCGUUGGACAGCUUUGUGGCAUGUUCACGUCGACGAGUGCUGCCUUGCAUUCCAGGAAUGGAGGACUGAUUGGACUUGCUGCUACGGCCAUUGCUCUGGGACAGGAUUUUGCGCCCUUCCUGGAGAAAAUAAUCCCGCCAAUCUUGACUUGCUUUCAAGAUCCUGAAAGUCGAUUGAGGUAUCAUGCGUGCGAGAGCUUGUAUAACAUCGCCAAGGUCAGCAAGGGAGAAAUUCUGGUUUAUUUCAAUGAGAUCUUCGACGCACUAAGCAAACUCUCUUCUGAUUCAGAGGCGUCGGUGAAGAAUGGCGCAGAGCUGCUAGACAGAUUGAUGAAAGACAUUGUGGCGGAGUCCGCGCCGACUUACAUCUCCAUAUAUCCACCAAAUGGACGCUCUAAGCACACGCCCAAAGCCCAGUCACCAUCUUCUGCAAGAUUCGUGCAUUCCAGCGAAGAUCGAGGACCGGCCAACGGAGAAGAUGUUGAAGAUCCUGAGUACGACCCUAGAGCAUUUUCUCUCGCCAGAUUUAUCCCUCUUCUCUCAGAGAGAGUGUACGUCAUAUCGCCGUACACCAGGAUGCACCUGGUCUCUUGGCUUAUAGUCCUGGAUUCAAUCCCUGACCUCGAGCUGGUCGCUUGGCUGCCUGAAUUCUUGGACGGAUUGUUAAAGUACCUCGCCGAUGGCAACGUCGAUGUGCGGCUCGCCACUGAAAACGUCCUUGCGGAAUUCCUCCGCGAAAUCAAGUACAUUGCCCAAGUGCAAGAGAAGCAAUCCGAAGCCGAGAGGCAAAAGAGAGAAACGGAAGCGGCGUCACAGCAUCGCCGACAUCGAGAUGCAGAGAAAGACUCCAUGAAUGAUCGCGAUGAAGCCGUCGCAGAUGACGAUGAGGAGGACGGAGGCGAGAGUGACACCAUUGAUGGACACGGGCAUAAUUCCGAGCAGGCGGAGGAGGAAACGGAGGCAAGGCAUAAUUCAGUUGGGGAGGGUUCUGGUGCUUGGGUUCCGGGACAAGGCGUCUUCGUGGACCACGCUGCCAUCAUGGAUAUCAUGAUACAGCAUCUUUCAUAUCCUGAUGAGCUGGUCCAGUCUACUGCGAUGGAAUGGAUCCUGACCUUCUUGGAAUUUGCUCAGAAUACUGUUGUGGCUUUUACGCCUCGAAUCAUUCCUGCAAUCCUGCCGAAUCUGGCGUCACCGAGUCGGCACAUAAAGCUGGCGGCCCAUGAGACGAACAGCAGUCUGUAUCGUGUAAUUCAGUCUCUUCCGCUUCAGGCACUCCAGCCGAUCCCUCCCGCCACCAGCAGCACCGCUACCAAUCAAAAUGUCCCACUCAACUCUGGAAAUGUCCCUGUACCCAAUGCCUCGGCAAUCAUUCCCCACGCAGGCUCGCCCCCGGCAUCACUGCCAUCCGUAGCUCCAUCUCCAGCAGGUCCUGCACUGCGACGAGACACUUCAGCAUCCAUUUCGGAGCCAUUGGAUUCGACGAAAGACAGCACGCCAGUAAGUGACCCGCUCGAGGUGUCCAAUUCUCAAGCCGGCCCUGGAACCAUACGUCAUUCGAUCUCGAGCUCUAGCAACAAUAUCACCACUUCGUCUAGUGCGUCCAAUGUCUCAGCACUGCGAAUCAAGCCUAGUCCAGCUGCUGCUGGAGUGACCGCAUCGGAGCCCGUAACACCAGCUACUGCCGAAUUUCCCAGCUCGCUUAAAACAGCGCGGAUUCCGGAUACUCAGCAGAGUAUACAGUCAAAUCCGCCGGUGUCUCCGACAGCAGAGACAAUCCUAGAUGACGAUCCCUUCGAUGUUAGAGAGACAGUCAAUGUUUUGACUCUGCAAUUUCUCAGUGACCAUGCCGAGACCAGGAUUGCAGCGUUGGAGUGGCUGUUGAUGCUUCACCUCAAGGCACCGAACAAGAUCCUUUCGAGGGACAGCGGAACCUUUCCAGCCUUGCUCAAGACACUAUCCGAUCCGUCUGAGGAUGUUGUCAAGCACGAUCUCCAACUGCUGGCUCAGAUUUCCGCAUCGUCGGAGGAUUUCUACUUCAUGAGCUUCAUGAAAAAUGUCCUGGAGCUGUUCAGCACAGACAGAAGACUACUCGAAUCAAGAGGCAGCCUCAUCAUUCGCCAAUUAUGUCUACACCUGAAUGCUGAGAGGAUCUUCCGAACCAUCGCCGAAAUCCUCGAAAAGGACGACGACCUCGAAUUUGCAAGCAUGAUGGUGGUCAAACUCAACAUGAUUCUUAUCACUUCGCCCGAGCUGGCUGACUUCAGGCGACGCUUAAAACAUCUGGACUCGAAGGACGGCCAAAUGUUAUUUUCAUCGUUAUAUCGAUCGUGGUGUCACAAUCCUGUUGCAGUAUUUGCACUCUGCUUGCUAGCGCAAGCGUAUGAGCACGCUGCGAAUCUCCUGCAGAUCUUUGCCGAUCUCGAACUCACAGUCUCACUCCUCGUCCAAAUCGACAAGCUUGUGAUGCUGAUUGAGAGUCCAGUCUUCACGAAUCUUCGCCUGCAACUGCUAGAACCUGACAAAUAUCCGUACCUGUCAAAAUGUCUCUACGGACUACUCAUGAUACUGCCGCAAAGCUCGGCUUUCGUCUCUUUGCGCGCACGUCUCUCAAUCGUACACUCCUCGGGAUACCAGCCAUCUCCGGCCAAGAGCGUAUCAACCACAUCUAAUGUCGUUGCUGCGGCUCGGUCCAAAUUCACCAAAGACGAGAUCAAAUGGCAGGAAUUGCUGUCUCAUUUCCGGUCGGUACAAGCGAGGCACGAGAAAGCCCGAAGACAGCUGCACUCUGUCGAGAUGGGAACACUUGGCUCGGUGCACUAUUCCUCUCCGUCUCAGACAUUCAUAUCAGCGCCUUCGACAGCAGCGGUCGGAUCGUCGAGUCAGAUACCGAAGAUGGCGACAGUACGAAAGAAAGGAGCUGGUCCAAUGACACCGGGUCCUUCCACUUCUGGUCUUUCAGGUCCACGGAGUUCGUCCGGAUUAUCGAGUUUGAAUCCUCGACGCGGUGGAGCCAUGUCAUCGACUGGAUUGAGUUCUGGAACGAAUGGCACAAGCGAACGCAUCUCAGGAGAGCGAGAGCGAGAUCGAGAUCGAGCUUCUGAUCGGGACAGAGCUCUCAUGAGUCCUGGGGUCAGCAUUGGUGGAGCAGUGGCAAGCAUGAACAGCUCACAGGGUCUCGGUACACUUAGAUCAGUGAGCCCGACUGGAGGACGAAGGAGAUUAUUAGGCGGACUGAGAAAAGGGCAAGCUGGAGGGGCUGGGGCAUCUUGAUGGAAAUGGCAUGAUAUGUCAUGCAUGACUUCAGCCAUCUUG